UUUCUUGAGCUCGUGGAUCGAGGUUCAGAUGAUGGUCCCGAGUACUACUCGACGAUCGAACGUCCGAUCGCACUCUCAACCAUAUCACGAAGACUCAAGAAUGAGCAAUAUUCCGCAAUCCAUCAGUUCAAAAAAGAUUUCGAAUUGAUGCUCAACAAUUGCUUCAGGUAUAACGAGUCGAGCAGUGACAUCUACAAACAGGGUAAGAGACUCCAGACUGCAUUCAAC